AUCUGGGCUGCAUCUGGCGGUGGAACCCACAACCCCCCAACUGACUGGUGUGGAAGAGCCAGAACUCCUGGGGCAGGCGAGCUCCUGCAGACCAUCCUCAUCAAUGCCAACGGAGAGGAAAUGGCCAUGAGGAAAGUAACACGGACCUUGUUCCAUGAUGAUGAAGAUGAUGACAUGGGAGCUCACAGCACGAGCGGUGCAGAGAACGAGUACAACUUGCGGAGCCGCAAGGUGAUCUGUGACUCCUGUGGGCAGCCGUCAGAGCGUGGCUCAGGUGUUUGCAGCAGCGGGGGUCUACCUGAAGGCCUCGUGGGACAUUCCUUUUUCAUGGGCACCAACGAGCCCAGACAGGGCCGUGCCAAGCCGGAGAACUGCUCCAUCAUGUAAAACCAAACAGCACCUCACGUGAACCCACCACCACCUGUAGCCCACAAAAAAUAUUUUCUACUGUUGGGAUGUAUCUUUAUUUUUUUAUAUGAUCUCGUCAGAUUUUGUAUUCAAAUUUAUCUGCAUGUUAAAUUUGCUUUGAGGUUUUGGCAAAGGGCACAGGAUUUUCAUAAUCAACCUUUGAGUUUUUUUUUUUAUAUAUUCAAGUUAUGUUAUUGCAUGUGUGCCUCGCUAAUGCUUGUACUGUAUCCUCCUCUUCUUGCGCCCUCUCACACUCACACAUUGACACACAGACAUAGAGCUCCAUUGACCAGUGCUUCGAUCCAAGCCGGGGUUUCACAUUUAAUGGCCAAGCUGUCAUCACUCAACACGCACAGCUAGUGAACCCUGACAGGAAUAAGUCUCUACAGCCAUACAGACAUCAGGAGAAUGAAUCCUGUGGGGUUUGUUAAUCAUGUUUAUCGCCCAUCAAAUAGAUUUAUUUAAGAUGUUGGUGAUGUUGAAAUUUAUUUUCCUUGUUUCUUUGGAACAGUAUUGUGCUAACUUUAUAUGCUACAGAGAAAAGAAAACUUUUUUUUCAAAUCUACAUUAGAAAAGUCAAGGAAAGCCAAAGUGCUGUAAGCUCAGGGUGUUCAGCAGCUGUUUUUUUUCACCUUAGCCUUAGACAAACAUGUUAUAAUACAUUUCCUAUGUGGAUUUAGAUGGUUGGACAGCUGUGGUACACAGAGAAAGUAAUUACUUGAGAUGAAUGUAUAUUUUUCUGUAAUUCCCAGCUCGACCCCAGAGAAAUGUAUUAUGUUUUCGAACGUGUAUAUAAAUAGGGAAUUAUUCUUUGCUGGAUAAGUUGAUUGUACCUGGUUAAAUGAAUCCCAUAUGUAGCUCAGAUUGAUGUACAUGUAGAUGGGUUGCCUUAAUUGUUUUUUUGUUGUAGUAAUUCCAAAGAGGUUUUGUCGUGAUCAAAGGAAAAUGUAGAAUUUAUUUUCUACGUUGGGAAAAUAUCUAUUGAGUUUUGACUGAUAAAUUUGGUGCCAUAUAUACAGUUUAUAUUUAUAGGAUUUCUCAGCUUAUUCAACUAAAUGAACACUAUUCUAAUAUAGAACUAAUUGCAGCUAUUAACAGAGUGCAACAGAUUUUUUUGGAAACAUUUUAACAAGCUUUUUUAGAGAUUAUAAAUACAAAUGUGCCUUUGGAGGACAGAAAAAAACCCAUAAUCAAUCCGUGUUCUUUGAGCACAUGCCUCAUAUUGCAGUCUUGUGACUGUCAGCUGUCCUCUGGUUUGUGUUGAGGUUUGUCCUGGUCAUAAGGGCUUAUUUUCCCUUUCCUCUAAGCUUACUGGCUUUGCAAAUCUCUAGGCAUGAUUUUGGGAUCUGAGUAGGAUUGUGGGGUUUUGUAUACUUUGGCUUCAUGCACUGCAGGAAUACGCACAGCAGGUAGAUCUGUACAUUAGUCUGGCAGCUUAAGUCAUUCAUACUACAGUGAAAAGCAUAAUUUACAGAAAAUACUUGAUAGCUGUUUUUGAUAUUUUGUUUUGUUACUUUUUUUUUUAUUUGUGCCACAUUAGAUUCUUCUUUUUUGCCUCAAGUAGAUAUUUGAUUUUGACACUAUGAUUGCUAAAGUGCCUUAAAGUCCAUGACAGUUGUUAGUUAAAAGAAAUGGCCAGCUCCAAAGAUGUUUAGUAUUUGGCCUCUGUGACACAUUUAUAAUAGACAAAGACAUAGCAUUUAUGUCAUAUGUACAUUUGAGACAAGCUUACUGUGUGUAAUAAUAUAUGCAACUAUUAAAUGAAUCAUCCCUCUCAGAACAGAUCACCCAAAGGGUGUGGUCAGAGUUUUUCAGAGGCCUGUCUGAAUUUAAACCAGAAAGAACCUUCUUCCUUUUGUUUGUGUUUUCUUAAGAAACAUACAGCUGCUCUUUAACUUGAGUAUGCAAUGGUGGUUCAAGUUAAUGAACAACCAAGACACUUAUAAAAUCAGAUUCAAACCACAGAUGUAACAAAACCUCUUGAAAGGCCUUUGUGAAAUCCUGAACCCUCCCUUUUUAAAGUCUUGUUGGAGGCCUCCUGAAUCAUUUUAAGGACCUGAGGAUUUAAAAUGUUACAGAAAGGGAUUUGUUUUGAGCAUUUAAUGCCAAAGUUAUAAUUUGCUUGAAGUUUUGUCAUUUCUAUCAUAACGAUUCUGUUAAAAUUAUGGAAAAG